GCCAAUUAGCGCUCGGCGAGGCGGCGGCCACUUCCUAGUCGACCGGGCCGCGCGCUCCGGACGGCUCCGGCGGCCGCGGGGCGGGGCAGGCACUCCGUGGAGGCGCUUGGCUUGCGUCCGCUCGUCUUGCAGCCUAGGGUGGGAGCAGGUCCUUGAAGGUGCACGACUGCAAAGUAGGCAAAAAGAAACUUUGGGGCUCCGGGAGUGUCGGCUGGGACGACGUUUGGUUGACUUUUUGUACGCGGUCUUUGGCAUUAGCCUCUCAAGGAAGCGAGAUGUCGAAGCCGCCACCCAAACCAGUUAAACCAGGGCAAGUCAGAGUCUUCAGAGCUCUGUAUACAUUUGAACCCAGAACUCCAGAUGAAUUGUACUUUGAGGAAGGUGAUAUUAUCUACAUUACUGACAUGACUGAUUCCAAUUGGUGGAAAGGCACCUGCAAAGGCAGGACUGGACUAAUUCCAAGCAACUAUGUGGCUGAGCAGGCAGAAUCCAUUGACAAUCCAUUGCAUGAAGCUGCAAAAAGAGGCAACUUGAGCUGGUUGAGAGAGUGUUUGGACAACCGAGUUGGCGUUAAUGGCUUAGACAAAGCUGGAAGCACUGCCCUAUACUGGGCUUGUCAUGGGGGUCACAAAGAUAUAGUGGAAAUGCUGUUUACUCAGCCAAAUAUUGAACUGAACCAACAGAACAAGUUGGGAGACACAGCUUUGCAUGCUGCUGCCUGGAAGGGUUAUGCUGAUAUUGUCCAGUUGCUUCUGGCAAAAGGUGCGAGAACAGACUUAAGAAACAAUGAGAAGAAGCUGGCUCUGGACAUGGCUACUAAUGCUGCCUGUGCAUCUCUCCUUAAAAAGAAACAAGGAACAGAUGCGGUUCGAACAUUAAGCAAUGCCGAGGACUAUCUCGAUGAUGAAGACUCAGACUGAUUCCCUUCUGGAGCUUUGAGAUCUAAACUUCUGUUGCCUUUGCCAUUCCAAAACCUUGUCUUUGCCAGAAGAGUGUUGGUAACUGUAAAAACAAAAAAAAUGAAAAAAGAAAGUAUCUAUGAACAUGGCAGUAUUGCACUGUGUUUCAGUAGAAUGCGUAAAUGAAUGGUUCUCACCUUUGGUUUGCCAGUAAGUGACUGGAUACUUCGCUGUAUAAAGUGCAUUUAUGUUCACCAGAGUAGAACAAAGAGAUUAUUUCUAUUUAUCAAGCUAAAGGAAUUUUAAGAAUUUUUUUCCUUUAAAAAAAUCAGGAUUUUUUUUUUUUUUUUUAGUUAUAGUUCUUUACCUCAAGGAUUGAGAUACUUUGAAUGAAUUUUUCAAGGGGGACAUGCUUAUUAUAAUAAUAAACCAAAAUACUUAACAGAAAAUUGUCAGCUCUUAUGACAAAAAUAAACAUUUUAAGAUACUUUGUUCC